UCUGCCCACUUAACAAAUCUCCCCUCCUUUUAAUUCCUUCUUUCCCAUCAAUUUACUAUCUACGAUUUUUUUUGGAAUUUCCAUUAUUUCCCAAUAAAAUCCACCAUUUUUAAAAACAACUAAUUAUUAAUGGCAAAUUUAUUCAAGAGAAAAAAUAAUAAUAUGAGCUAUGCUUACACAAAGAUAGAGAAAGAAGACCCAGAAGAAAGAAACCACAGGGAAGCACAAUUUUUAAUCUACAAGACAUUAAAACAAGCUGAUCAAGUAAUUAUAAGGAGAUCAUCAUCAUCAUCUAAAUCUUCUUGCUGGUUAAGAUUAAGAAUAAGCAAAUUGAAAGUUAAAAUUGGUAAGAGACUUUUCAAGUUAAAGAAGACUAUGUUGUCUAACAUGGCUAAGACUAAAAUGUGUGUUUAUAAACAACUUUUAGGUCAUCUUAAGACAAUUAAGAGCUUGUUCCGAGUUGGUAAUGGCGGCGGUGGCUCGACCUCCGCCGUCAUUGACAACCUUCCUCAGCUUUUGAUCAAUUGAUCAAAUGUACUUUUAUAUAUAUUUACUUUUUUUCGAAAUGUGUUCGAUUAUAAUAUAUUGUGUGGAAAAGUAUUACUAUAAUAGUAAGUAGAAUGAAACGGGGG